AUGGUAGAUACGUAUAUCCAUGUGGUCCUUAAGGCUGUGCUCUCACUCCACCUAUUGCUGUUCGUUCCUGUCACGGAGGAAUGCAACGACAGCCGUUGGAAAUGGUUUAAUGGUUGUUUGGGAGCUUUGGAUGGUACGUACAUCGAUGUGAUGGUAUCUAACGAAGACAAGCCACGAUAUAGGACACGGAAGGGUCAUAUAUCGACUAACACUUUGGCUGUUUGCGAUAGAAAUCUCAAGUUUACAUAUGUGCUGCCAGGUUGGGAGGGCUCGGCAGCCGAUUCGCGUAUUCUACGCGAUUCAUUGAGUAGGCCCUACGGGCUGCGUGUCCCAAAGGGAAAUUACUACUUGUGCGAUAAUGGGUAUGCCAAUUGUGAGGGCUUCCUAGCACCGUACAAAGGGGUUCGAUACCACCUAAAAGAAUGGGGCCCAAUGGCAGCAAGACCCCAAAACCCGAAAGAACUAUUCAAUCUAAGACAUGCAAAGGCUCGCAAUGCAAUCGAGCGGGUGUUUGGCGUGAUGAAAAUGAGAUGGGGAAUAUUACGUAGCGCAUCUUACUAUCCCAUUAAAAUCCAGAUUAGAUUGAUAAUGGCCUGUUUUGUCUUGCACAAUUUCAUUCGGGGGGAGAUGGUAGUAGAUCCAAUCGAACAACAGUUCGAUGGGCUAUUCCCAGAGGCUGCUGAACUUGAACCGGAUCAUGGAGAGGUCGUGGAUAGUGUUGAUCCAUCACCUGUGUGGAAUGCAGCGAGGGACGAGCUCGCUCAUUCAAUGUGGCAGCAAUAUAUGAAUAAUUAA